AUGGCGACAAUGAUCACCAAUCUUCGAAGGGAUUUGAUAGAGGAGAUUAUAUCUAGGGUUCCCUUGAGAUCUAUGAAAGCAGUAAGAUUAACUUGCAAAAGUUGGAAUAAUAUAUCCAAAAGUGAGAUCUUCACGAAGAUGCAGAUUGAUAAAGCAACAACUAGAGAAGGGAAGACUAUGAUGAUAUCGGUGAUGCCUCACAAUCUUUCUUUAAUGAGCGUCGCCGUCGACGACGUUGAUCCAUCCGUAGAGUUUAAAGGUCAGCUUAGUUUUCUUUGUAAUCAAGUCAGUAUACAUAAAGUUAUCCAUUGUGAGGGUUUGUUGUUAUGCUUCUUGAAAGACCAUACUAGGGUUGUGGUUUGGAAUCCGUAUUCCGGGCAAACAAGGUGGGUCAAACUCAGAUAUCCCCACCCUCCAAGUCCAAGCAAAUGGGAUUGGUUCAGAUAUGCCCUUGGAUACGAGGAUAAAGGAUCUUGUCGUAGCGUUAAAUUCUUAAGGUUUUUAGAUUAUUUACCUGAAGAACCAGAAAACCAAAAUGUUUGCUAUGAAAUCUAUGAUUUUGACUCUGAUUUAUGGACAACUCUUGAUGUCACUUCACACUCGUGGAUAUGUUAUUCUAGCUGUGGCGUGUUUCUCAAGGGAAACGCUUACUGGCCUGUUGUAAAAAGUAGCUCAGAAGCUAACAUCGAUCACAUAAUCUAUUUUGACUUUACAAGAGAGAGUUUCGGGCCGCCUCUACCUUUACCGUUUGGCGCUACAGAUCGUGGAUAUUCAUAUGUGAAUUUAUCUUGUGUUAAAGAAGAGAAGCUUGCAGCUUUUUUUCAGCACUACAUUUCAUAUAAAUAUGAAUUUGAGAUAUGGGUUACGACUAAGAUUGAGGCCGAAAUGGUGUCGUGGAGCAAAUUCUUGAGAAUGGAUUUGGGACCUAAUAUAGAUAUUCCAAUUACUUUCUUCAUUGACGAGGAGAAGAAAGUUUUCAUGGGUUUUGAGCAUAGAGAAUAUCCCAAGAGAUUUAUUAACAUCAUCGGAGAGGCUAAAUAUUUAAGAAAAUUGGAUCUCCAAGUACCUCAAGGCCAAUACUGUUGCCCACCUUUGUGCUCUUAUGUUCCAAGUUCGAUCCAAAUCAAGAAACCUGCACUGAGGCAAAAAGAUAGAGCAAAAUAG